AUGAACCAGAUCCAUUCUAUUUUGCUCCUCUUCAUCGUUCGGCUAAGCGUGACUAAAUCAGCAAUUCAAAUUUUGGCUGGUAUCGACACAAUCGACCUCCUCGUCCGAGGGGAGGACACCGCGAAUAAACUUCGAUCAGCUUACGGUGAUUGUAUCAAUACUAUCCAAUGGGACGGUCUCCACGAUGUCGAUUUUAUUACAGACAUUGCCUCUAACUACGAGCUCAUCAUCAAUGCUGGUUCAGGUUUUAUCCCAGACGGCGCCGAAGCUUUUGUUCGAUGCCUUAGUCGUCGAGUUCAAACAGGCGUCUCACCACCUUGGCUAUUGCACAUAUCGGGAUGCAGUAACUUGGCGGAUCGCCCCCUCACCCAAAAAGGGUAUCCUGACAGAGAGUGGAACGAUGCAGAUGGCCAUGCAAUCUAUAAGUUCUUGAAGUCUGAAGAUGACCGUGAGCCCUAUCCUCAGAGGACUACCGAGGUUCGCGUCUUGUCAGCAGCACAGGCAACUGGCGUGCAGGCGGUCAGUAUCAACACACCAUUGAUUUUUGGAACCGGAAAGGGCCUCUUCAACCAACAAGGCAUUAUCAUACCCAUCGUGAUGCGCUACGUUGUUCAACAUGGACAUGGAUUCAAACUGAAUGAUACUGCAAACUGGGACUGGGUUCAUGUUGAGGAUCUUGCUGACGUGUUCGUGCUCCUCACUCGCACCAUUUUGGAGCGAGAGGAUCAUGGUGUGGGCUACAUUCCAAGUGAUACAAAUGGCGUUAUAUUCCCCGCAGUAGGAAGGAGUCUCCAGACUGAGAUCAUGCAAAGGUGUCUAGAUGUCGCGUUCGCCGAAGGAAUUCUGCCUGGUCAUGACACGCCUCUUUCAAAAGAGAUUCGACAGGUAGCCCUUCAAGAGCUUGCUAACAAGAUCACGGCUGGACUGGUUGACAUGGCAGAGCGUGGUUGGGCUGGUACAAAGUCGAUGAAAGGCAACGAAGCAAGACGACUUUUGGGUUGGAACCCCAGUAGACUGGAGGAUGCUUGGAAACAGGGUUUCCAGGAUGAGCUUGAGGCAUUGAAGAAUGGGCAAAGGCCUUGGACUUUGGAAAGUUGUAUUGGCCAAAGUAGAUAG